CGGCCGCUUGGAGCGGCUCAAACGGCGCGUGCGCGGAUGUCCCAAAUCGCUUACCGUAGUUGUUAUGCUACGAUUGGUUGACGUACAAGUUGACAGGUCAGUGGGUUUAAAGAAGAAGCCAAAGGUGGACUGUCAGUGAUGCCUAGCACAGUGUUGUGUGGAGGAGGCCGGCUUGUCCGUUCCCAGCAACUGUUAGCUGCCCUGAAGGUCUGCAGAGUCAGAACCUUCUCUACUGCACACCCAGAUGAACCUUAUAUAGCUGUAUCACACGCAGACUCAGGCCCCAGGACUGUAUGGCCUGAUGAGAACAUGGGACCUUUCGGACCUCAGGACCAACGCUUCCAGUUGCCAGGUAAUGUCGGCUUUGACAACCACCUGGAAGGCGUGGAAGAAAAGAGGAAAACUAUUGUGGACAGGGUGGUGCCCGAUGUACUGACAGCACCAUGCAGUGCAGAGAGACACCAGUUCAUACUGGCCCAGUUUGUCAAUGAGUUCCAGGGAAAACUGGGCCCCAUAUCCAAGCGGGUUCACAAAGCUGAGCAGUAUUUUAAUAAAACAGACACAGAUUGUUCCAUCAAUUCCUGCCCGGAGCUGUUAAGAAAAGAUCUGGAGCUGUUGUUCCCGACGGCGCCCAACACGUCCAUCACGGUUGUAACAGUCUCGCAGAGGAGCGGUCGGUUGGAGGAGACGCAGCCAGACAAAGAACAGCUGCUCAACAGAUUUGUGAGCGGUGCAAAGGAGAUGUGUUUUGCGCUGUGGACCGCAGGCUACUGGGCCGACUUUAUUGACCCGACAACAGGAGAAGCUUUCUUCGCAUCCCCAGUUAGUCCAUCUGCAGGACAAACAGGGGAGGAGCCACGGCAUUCCGGAUUCCGCAUCGAGAUGUCGGGCUCCUGCACGGUUAUCCGCCACAUUCUGAGAGGAACACCUCUGUUUGUGGGGACUGUUUUCACGAAUGCACCAACACACAGUGCCAUCAUCACGCGACUACAAGGACUUUCACCAGAAUUGGAUGAAGAGGAGUGGGAAGAGGAGCGACCAAGCCGUUGGUUGUCCCUUCCGAUGAAUCGCUGCCUGCGCGCUCCUCUUCAUAUCCAGCGUGAUCAGCCAGCCUCAUGGUUUCCAAGCAGCUCUUGAAUACUGAAAUUGUUUGUAAAGCUAUAUCCCCUAUCUCAGACACUUGGUGCGGCACGUCUGGAUGUGGCAAAGGGUUUGGCUGUGAGGAGAUAUCAGACAGUGCGGCGUUCACAGUCUUCGACACCUUAGCUGCAACCAUCUCCAGCAGUUGAUCGCCACAUGGCAACUUAACGUCUCCAGCGUUUAUUGUGUCUUUGAGAGCAAGCAGAAGGGAAUCCCAAAUGCAUGCAUGAAUGUCAUCCUCUGUAACACACGAGUAGUUGAGCGCCCGAACUGGAGUGUCGCAACCUUUCCUGAAAACGGGGGUGGGGGAAAAAAAAAAGCACCUUUUAGUACAGACUUAAAGCCUGAAAGGUUCUCUCUACAAGCAUUGGACUCACUGUAUGAUCUGGGCAUGCUCUUCCACCUGAGGCACCACAACGACUAGCACUUCUUGGGAAAUUUUAUAUAGGAUACUUUGCCACAUUUUCAACAGCACCAUAAACACAUUGCAAUCAAAAUGACCAUAUUCUAUUAAUUCCCAUGUCCUGUAGGGGGGAAAUUAGCAGUUAGCCCACAACGUGUUGAACACCAUUCGGCCGAAUGGAUGAUUUGACUGUUCUGUUGUACUUACUCAGUUGUUAUGUCAUCGAGGUGUAACUGCAGUUCACGUUUGAAAAACUCUGAUGCAAGCAGUGGCAUGUUCAAGUUGCUGCACCUUAGGAAUUUGGGUUCAAUUGGGGACUGACACAAAAAAAAUAAUGAAUGCCUUGCACAAAUUAGACGGGCAAAGACCCAACACACAUGCUGUAAAUGGGUUAAAAAGGCGCACACACACACAAUUUGCUUUAUGACAUCCGGCAUAUGCAAUAUAAAAAUUGCGCCUGUACAAAAAUGUUUGAUAAUGCUCAGUUUUGAUUGACAUUAUCAGAUACAUCUUAAUUGAGCCAUAUGUUUACUGUGUUGCAGUGCUGUAGAACCAAAUUGCAUCACUCUGAGAGGUUACUUAAUGUGACGACAAGACAGGUGCGCAAUAUGAAACCGCAGGUGUCAAUUAAAAGUGAGCAUUAUUAGAUUGUGGGCAUACAAUGUUUUAUUUAUUUCAGACAUGCUACAUUAAGGAACACUACUUAAUAACAUUUUAUAUUAAAAUAAGAUAAAGGCUUUAUGGAUGAAUUACAUUAGAAAUAUUUUGUAUUCAUUAAAACUAAAAUAUGAGUAAAAUAAAAAAAAACCACAAUUCACAAAUAAAUGGUAGAAAUAAAUUAUGCAGUGAUUCGGGAAAGAAAGGUGUUGGAAAAAUUAACUAUGAAAAGCAAAUCAGAUAGAAAAAAACAGGCAUAAAGUGUUAAUACUAAAGAAAAAAUCUCUGUUAUGAGGGUGCUUCUUGCAUGGUUGGCUUGCACCCUAAACAGCGUGAAAACAACUUGUGUGAUUUACUUACUUCAUUCUGGGAGUAAACCGAUCGACACCUCUGAUCGAUAUUCAUGUUUUUUUUUCUAUGGAAGAGAAAUUCAUCUAGUUUCCUGUCUUAAUUGACCCUUUCAAAGUAGAGCCUUUAAAAUCACCGACUCGAGAAAAUAUGAACAGUUCGCCUCCUCGUCAAGACAACAAGCUUGUAGUACAAGCUGCAGCUCUGUCAUUUGACGCGUUCCACCUUGACAUUGGACGUGUUGCGUCGGAACACGACACUCUUGUCAUGUGAUGUCAUCCAACACUUCGCGCCCGCGCACACACGCACGCACUCCACUGUUUUCAGUGUUAGAUUGCAGUGAAAACCAACAAGUCAAUACAAGUACAUUUUUGACGCACAGGUAAGAUAUGUAUUGAUAUAAUAAUGAAUUGGUUGCGAUUAACGUACAAUAUUAGAACCUGUGCAGUUGUUGGAGGGGGGUCUAGCCAGGGGCGGACCUACAAUUAAGGCCAAGUAGGCGAUUGCCUUAGGCCAUUAGGGGCCCCCAACUAGCUGCCUAGUCUUGUGUAAUUAUGUUAGCAUACUAAACAAAAGAACAAAAAAGCCAUCUGAAAGCUAAAUUCAUAUGUCCCCCUCUCCCCCACACUAUAGUGGACUGUUCCAUGAGAAGCUAAUUGUGAAGCUACUUAAAAUGAAACGUAUUUACCAGAGCAGGUUUGAGAAGAGAAAACGGCGAGAGGACGCCAUAAAUAUAUUGUCGAAGGUCUCAAGAUUCUUUACGGUGUUGGUAGAAAAAAUGUCAACGAGCCGGCGCAAACUACCGCGUACUGUGAGCCAAGGUCCAGUCCUUUACAGGAUGCUGAGUUUGGUGCUGCGACACCACAUGAGAACCUAACAGCAACAAGUAGGACUUUCUUCCUUUGACAUUUAUACAGUGAGAAACAAGGAUAACAAUAUGGACGGACUUCAACAAGAUAAUGAGCAGACACAUUAUGUAUUUGUACAAAUAUGAAAAACCUCCAUUUGACUUCGGUUCCACUUAUUUUGAAGCACUCUACACUUUAGUUGCUUCACAGUGUUCAUGUCUAAAUAAGCUCUCUCACACGUGAACACCCGCCCUCCCUUUGAACACAAACUCUCCCGGUUUCUAUCUCACACACAUAAACAUGUCAUCUUUGCAAAUAGUUGAUUUUUCCCCAUUUCCAUGCCUUCCUCCUGACACUGUGUAUAGUUAUAGUGACUGUUGCCAUAUAUAUUUUUUUGGUAAUUACUUUUGUUACAUUGUAAUUGUUCAUCUUUACCAUCAAUAAAUCCAGUACACACAGUCUCUUUCUCUCUGAAACACACACGCGCACGUCUGCUGUGAUGAUGUCUGGGGUUGUUUUUGUUCAAAAUUAAAUAUCUGGCAUUUUUACACUGGUUUUAUAUCUGAAACUUUAUUUUCUCAUUCUGUUCACCCCGUAUUAAUUUAGUGCAAGGUUGUAUACUGGUAGGGGCCUUUGAGGCCGUCUUUCCUGCUUUUUUGUGUUAAAAGAACAUAUGAAGAGGGCCCCUGGCUGUGUUCGCCUUAGGCCCCAAAAUUGCUAAGUCCGCCACUGGGUAUAGCCCUAUAAAGGUGUGUCAUUUUUCAUGGCUUGGCACGGGUUAAAUGUAGUUCCUGUCACGUUCUGGUUUUGCAGCGUCGUGUCGGCGACCCCAGAGAUGAGACCCAAUUACAAGUAAAAUGUUUAUUAUAAUAAAGAUUGCCGCCCUGCUGCGGCAGGAUAGCAACAGAUAGCUUGCACGUAGACAAACACAAUCACUGACAACGCUACGACAACUAAAAGAGCGCGCACCUGAACUAAAUAGGUGAGUGACUGAAACUAGAAGCAAGUGCGAGUGAUUAACGCAAAGCAGGAAAACACAACCGGGCAAGGCAGGAAGUGAAUACAAAAUAAGAGCAUGACAACAGGAACAAAGGCGUAAGAAAGGAACAUAAACACCCUGUCACGCUGGCUAACUCACAAAGCGUUCCAUGAUUUCUUAUGAGAUUAUUCUGAAUUAUAAAUGAAUUGUAACAAACUGGAGGUUGACCACGCAUGCAGUGUCACAGAAUGAGCUGUUCCGACCAUAGAGAAUCUACUGUAUCUGGAAAAGCUAUUAAAUCUAUUAAGUCUGUCUAAAAGAAUUGCAUUUUCUCCUGUGUGAAAUGGUCAUACAUUGCAUUUUUUUGCAUACAGAUUAUUUUAUUUUUGUAUUUUAAAAUUGUCAAAGAGAAAUUUGGAAUACAGGAAGUGAACAAAUGUAUUGCAGUUGAUGUGAAACGGAGAUUAGAACUAAAGCUUUGCUUCUACGUCCUCCUUUUUGGACAUGUGGGACUGUGAAUUGUACCAUGUGAUGUAUUACGCAUUACCAUUUCUCAAAUUGUGCUCUCCAAAAUUGUAAAUUUGAUUUUAAUUUGCCACAUCAUUAAUUCAUCUCACAUAUGUGUCGUAUUUAUUAUUUUUAAAACUGUUGCACAACAUUUAAAAUAAAAAAAAGCCUAGUACACAACAGUGAACUGACCUUGCAGUCAUUUUAAUGUCCACUGACAUUACAUAAUGAAUGUAAACCAUACACAAAUACAUUUAUGAAAACCUACAAAAGACAAUAUUGUUUCACCGUAGUAUAUGUCCAAUAGACCUUCAACAAAUGUCCUCUUACACAAACAGCAUUUGUGUCUCAUAUACAUCCUAACGAGAGGAUGCUGAUGAUGAUAAUGUCACUCAGUGUCCCUGCAUGACGUCCUCUGGCCGAGCUCACUAGAGGGGAACUUGAAGAGAAAACUGCAGCACUCUCAUUUCUGGGAACCAACAAGUUGCAAAUAUUUCCUUCACAGCAAGAGGAGCACACCUGGCAAAUCACAUGGCAUUCCUUUUAACGCUAUACAUAUCAGUCAGUGAGACUCAAAGUUUAGUUAAAUCCUACCAGAGAGCCAUCUUCAAUGACGUCAGCACAGCCUGUGAACAGACACUCUUCCAAAGUUACACACCGCUUGGUCACGGAGAUGCUGUCUCCAUGGCGAUCCAUCAUGUGGAUGGUGUAACAGUAUCUGGUAUCUAAAAGAUGCCAUGCGUUACUUCCCCAGAAUUUAUCUUUAUGCCUUUUUCAGAUGUUAUGAUACCUUUUGGACAGUAUACAUCUGGUGCCCAGCGGUUGCACUCGUAGUUAUCUGUAGCAUCUUGACAUGUGAAGCACUUGAAUCCUCCAGGAUGAGGCGUUGCUGUGGAAGCCAGACCGACAUUACCCUGAAUGUUAAUUUUUCACCCUACCAAGACAUUUCAUUCAAGGUGUUUGGAUAAGCUCACGAUAGAGAGAUGCUGAUCUGUAGAUUAUUUUAGCUUCUCUUUACAUUUUUCCUUUUUGCUCUAUUUUUCCCAUUUUUGCUCAGUUCUUUUGGUUUAAUUUUAUUUCUACAACUUACCACGGGCCAAUAAAACACAAGCUGUGGGCCGCAAAUGGC